GCGACGCGGUUCCUGUUGCCCGGGGCUCGGACAUGGCGUCCCCCUGACGGCGGCCGCCUGCCAGGCCCCGCCCGGCCCCGCCAUGCCCGGCCCCGCCGCCCCGCCAGGAGCCCGCAGGAAUAAACUACCAUUCUAAAAGGAAACAAUGGAACCAGAUGUCAUUCGAAUGUAUUCUUCAUCCCCUCCGCCAUUAGACAAUGGAGCUGAUGAUGAUGGCGAUGACGAAUUUGGGGAAUUUGGUGGAUUUUCUGGUAGUGCUUCUGGUGUAGGGUUUGCUGACUUCGAUGCACCAGACUACAGUAAUUCAAAGGAGGAAUUUAUACCCACUAACCAUUUUAUGCCACUUCAUGAGUAUUCUGAUAAUGUAGGUGGCCUUGCAGCCUUUACCUCUGUCAAAAAUGGUAAAGAUAAAGACUGCAUAGCAGAACUUUCUAGUCCCUCUAAAGAACUCUAUGAUAUAUCAGCAACUAGUGCCAGCAAAGAAAAAUCUAAGUCUAGAACAUCAGGUACUACUUUUGAUGAAAGUCUGGAAAAUGCAAAGAGAACAGAGGAACAAAGAGAGAAUAUUGGAAAAACAGAGGCCUUUUCUUCUGAAGGCUUUAGAACUGACAUGAGAAUUAGAAGCCCGGAUCAGGAGAUAGGUGCUUGUAAUGGUGAGAAACUCCCAUGUCUAGAGAUUCUAACAAAUGGGUUUGCAGCAUUGGAUACUGUAAAUCCCCAGGGAACAGAAGAUCUAGACAGCAUCAGUGACUCAAAGGGACUAAAAACUGUUAGCACUCAUAGCACUGAGUUGAGUUUAGACUCAGUGCCUAGCCCAGCUGAAGAUUUUGCAGACUUUGCUACUUUCUCAAACCAAGAAACAAACCACUUAGAAGAAACAGGACAUAAAAUAUGCAAUGCUCUUAAUGAAAGAGAAGCACUGAAUGUUCAGGAAAACAAUAUAAUAAAUAGAGUGACUGAAAGAAUUUCUGUGAAGGAAUUGACUUCAGAUAGAAGCUGUGAAUGUGGAGAGACUUUUAUUGAAGAUGAGCAGGCUUGCAUAUCAGAAGUCAGUGUUGUGGUUAAUGAAAUUGUUAAUAAUUAUGAGCAGGAGUCUACAGCACUGGAACAUGAUGAUAGAAUUUCCAGCAUACCUCAGGCAAUUGAGAGCUCAACAGGCACUACUGAAAAGGCAGAAGACAGCGGGAGAAGAAAAUGUUGUGACUCUGAAAAUGGCAAAGAUUUUUCUAGGUCUAAAGAUUUUUCAGAAACAGAAAGUAUUGACUGUAGUAAGAUCCAAAGCUCUUGCCAUGAUCCUGCAGACGAAAAUUUGCUGGGCAGUUCUGAAGAUGUAAAGAAUGGUGAAAGCAGCAGUGAAUUUGUGUCUUGCAGUGAAACAAAUGAAGAUGAUUUUGGUGACUUUGGCACAGCCAGUGGUACAUCUUCUCCUUUUAUUAUCAGUACUCAAGAAUCGGCAUUGAAUGGGACUUUAGAAGAAUCUUCUGAGCAUUCUGCACAUUUCAGUGAAUCAAUUGAUGAAUUUGGUGAUUUUAGGGAUACGAAUACUGUUUGUCAACAGCUAACAAAGUUAGAUCAAUCUGAUUUAAGUCAGACUUCAGAUACUUCAGAAUGUGGAGUUACUGGUACCCAUUCUAGCUUGGACGUCCAACGUACUGCUAAGCUGGCAAAUGGUAGCGAUAGUGAAUUUGGAGACUUUGAUUCAGUGCCAAAACCUCAAGAUGAGUGUGUUAUUUUCCAGGACUCUGACGACUUUGCAGACUUCAGUUCUGCUGGUAGUAAUCAAACUGCAGAAUGGAAUGCUUUUGAAGAUGAACAGAAAGAGGGCUGUUCUUGGGCUGCUUUUGGAGAUGAGCAAGCUACUGAAUCUCAUCAUAGAAAAGAGACAUGGCAAUCGCAUAGGACAGAUACCUCUCUUAGGAUUGAUAGUUCGGUGACCCACAAGGCAGAAAGUUCUACUUUGACAUUUUUCCAAGAAACUGCUAAUAGGCAACCUCAAGAAUUUGCACCUUCAGUUCAGAUGACAUUGCAAAGCCGUCUGGAGAGACUCUUUGAGGCCUGUUUUCCUUCCAUACCUGUUCUUGAAAUAGAAGAAGAAGUAAUUUCCUUAAAUCUCGUGUUGGAAGCGGACAACAAGCAGAUGAGAACUGGCGAGACCUUGGUAAACAGUGGGGAGCUGGUGGAUAUGUGGAAAGAGCUGCAGGAUAUCCAUGAUGCAUAUGGAUUGAAGUACCAGUGGGGAGGCUCUCACGGCAACAAAAAGCUUUUGUGUUCCUUGGGAAUCGAUACAAGAAAUAUUCUUUUUACAGGCAACAAGAAGCAGCCUGUGAUAGUACCCAUGUAUGCAGCAGGACUGGGUAUGCUAGAACCUACCAAGGAACCCUUGAAACCAAUAUCUGCUGCAGAAAAAAUAGCUUCAUUAGGACAGACACCCCCUGUAUCACCAGAGAUGAACACAUGCACAUCUGAUCAGUUUCAGAAUAUGUAGGAGGCAGCCUAGCCACCUGGAGAAAUAGCCUGGGUGCAGUCAUAAAAUGUCCAUUGCUAGCACAUGUGAUUGUCUCCACCGUCUGGGCAAAGACCGCGACUGGUUCUGCUGACCCGCUUGUACCAAAAUGUCUCCAUGAGCAGUUCUGUCAGUGUUGAACACCUCAAGGCUUCUUGAGUGGUGCCUCUACCCUAUAAGUCUGAUGCAAAGUAAGUUCAGAAAGAGUCUAAGCAAGCCUUUGAUUGCACCAGAGUCUAGAUUAUCCCGUUAGGUACCAAUAGACUGCAUAGAUGCCAAGCAUUUGAAUGCAGCAGGUCUGGUGAACUGCUAAAGCGCUUUGCUUUGGUCCCUUGCAACAAUUACCGGUAUUGCUUAUUUGAGCUAGUAUGAUGCUCAGAACCAUCUAAAUAAUUGGUAUGUCACCACAGAGUCAAAGAAUAAAAAGUUCAAUCCAAACUUCCAUUUGAGUUUAGGUCUUAACUAUGCAACUCCUCUGAUUGCACGUCAGAGUCAUAACUUCUGUUGAAGAAACUGCUGUGACUCCAACUCCCUGUCACGUCACAAGGUCAGGUACUUCAGGGCUUAUUGAUUUCUUGGUCCUCCUACAGUGCCUUGGGUGCAUUACAGUUACCACCAUGUCUUGUUGAUUAAGGUGUUUUGCAUUGUUGACUGCACUUGGAACUGUCAACACAGUAGGUGCCCCAAGUGCAUCUGUACUUUGUGCUUAUCCCUUAUCUGUGUCUUUGCAUUCAGCUCUUAUGCUUGCCACAGCAUCAGAACAUCAGGGACAACAUGGCCAGAAAAAACAUUCAUGAAUUGGUGGUGCAAGUGCAUCCCUUUUUCUAGUUCUGUUUUAAAACAAGUCCUACAGAGAGAUUGGUUAUUGCCAACAGUGUCUUUCAGAGAUGUCCAUUCAUUACCUUAUUCAGUCUGAGCUGAAGAAAUGUUUGGGUUUUUUCCCCCAAAACUUUAUCAGGACAAAAGAGGGAAAAGCAGCCAGCUUCUUACGGAAUUCAAGCAUCUCCUCUUACAACCAGGAUGAUUGAUGUCAACUCCAUUAAUCUAGAAACCUGCUGGAAUUACAGGACAAAAAUAGCUGAAUGCUUUGAAAAAUGCCACUUUCACACUUAGCUGGCAUUACUUGUGCUAGAUGCUGAAAGUGGUGUAAUAUCAUUCUUCUUCCUAAGCUAUUUCUAAAGUAAUAGAGUGACACAGUGCCCUUGCACACUAUACUGGCACUAUUAUUCCAUUUACUUCAUGAGAUUCUGGUGAGUGAGUUGAUCUUGCCUCCAGCUUCAAACUGCCAAGACUUUUGCAGAUUACCUCCCCUGGUCUGUGAAUAUAGAAAAGAGGCAUCCAUAUUGGGGAAGAUGCAUCAGUCCUCAAUUCCUGCUGCCUGUGUUGAAUUUCCAAUCCCAGAUGGACAAGCACCAGAAUUAGCUUCCAGACGUGUACAUCUUUCUGCUCUCUUCCCCAGCGCACUAUAGAAUUUGAUACCCUUUACAAAUGGCAUCAGAAUGGGCUGAUACCAGGUAGUCUUGGAUGGUGAAUAGAUAGGUAUUUACACAUAAACCUUAGCUGUUCCCAGAUGCUCAUGAUGAAGAAAAAACCCUUUACAGAAAGUGGAGAGCAAAACCUUUUGUUCCAUUGGCUUUACAUCGUAAAGGAAUGCCAUCUUGCAAGUCUAACGCUUAAAGACUUGGCUUACAGGAUGAUUCUGUACCCUGGGAAUGGGGGUACUCUGAGUUGCUGUCUACAGAUGCAGUUUGAUCUGAAACUUGGUACUACCUACUAGCAAGAACUGCAUGGUAUUUGGAAGGCUCGAGAGUGUAUAAUGAAUGAAUCUUCUUGGAUGCCUUGCUUGUUGAUGAAAGUUGGGGUCCCUUGCUUGUUCCAUAUAGUUUCUGGUUACCUUGGCUAACAGAAAGUACAGAAUUUGUUUCAGAGGAGAUUUCUUAAAUUGUUCUUCAAUAGGCCAGCAGUGGGAAGAGAAUGUAGGGCAAUCCAAACUAUGGCAAAGAUUUCAUGAAGUCUUGUUGUGGAUAUUGAUAACAAUAAAAUGGAAAUAUGCUAGCCCGUCUUAGAGGUACCUGAAGUCUAGUCACAAGCCACAGACCCACCCCCCUAGUUGUAGCUAGGUCAUGGCAUGAUCUUUGAGAUUUGAUAUGUUAAUUCCAAAUUCCUUCAUUUCUAUUUAUGGCCUUGAAUUUUUCUUCAUACCAAGCAGAUAAUCUCUGCAUACAAUUCUGAUGGAUACCAAGGUCAUAAUGGUUUUCAGAAAUCUGGUUUCUUAAUAGUACAGGUUUAAGGUGGUUCUUACGUCUUGCAUAAACAGAAGAACAUGGUUAGGAUUGGUGUCUCAGGAAAAUGUUCAUUUAUGAGAUUCAGUAACAUUCCAAAAAGAAUUUCUUCUCGCCUUUAUUCAUCCAGAUAAGUGAUAAUGAGAAUACUGUCAUACCAAGCAAGCUACUCAGUAGCAGUCUCCUAUUAGUAACUGAAGAAUUACUGGGUGAGGCUUUAUGAACUGUAUAAUGCAGAAGGUCAAGUGAACACAAUGGUGCCUCUGGCAAUUUCUAGCUGAGUUCUCACAUUUGAGACAGGACAUCUGAAACUUCCUUCUAGUCUCAUCUGUUAAUCUGCCAAUGACCUGUGUAAAUCAUUGACCAAAUAUCACAUGACUGACUGCUCUUUUCCAUUUACUGAAGGAGUUCUCAAGUAGCAAAGGUUCUAGGACCUUAGCUUUUUGCUGGCUGCCUUUUCAAUCUUAGUGUCAUUAGACCAGUGAUUCUCAACCAGGGUAUAAUGGCAUCCUGAGGUGCCAUUAUAUCUUUUUAAAGGUGUCUCAAUAUUAGCACUGUUAGGUAUACAAGCCUCUACACUUGAUUCACAAGAUAAACUUAAAGAUUUCAAGUAGGAAUCCAUAGUGUCAAAAACAUUAUGACCUUUUUGUGAUCUAAGUUCUUUGCAAUAAUAUAAUUACUCUGUAAUUUUUCCAUAGUAAAAAAAAUAAGUGGAAACUAAGAGCUGGCCUUUUUUCCAAGGAGUACCUUGAGUCUAAUGAAGGUUGAGUGCCCUGAGUUUAAAAAGGUUGAGAAUCGCUGCAUUAGACUGAAACUUUUGUUGAACAUCAUGCACAGAAGCUACCACUCUGCAGAACAAAACAUGAUUCUCUUUGUUAGCUUGUCUCUUGAAAGGAUAGAACAUGAACCACAUUCUAAUGGGGAUUUAAAGUCCUCAGGUAUUCGCUUUGUAUGUAAGUAAGGUGUUAUCUGUAAGGACUGUCAGGAAAAGGAAGUCUUUGCUCAGUUCCAGGGAGAACCAAAAGCCAUGUUAUGGACAAGUGGCGAACAAGGACUGAAUAUGCAAAUGGAGAGAGUAAAAAGACAAGGAGAGCAAGAAAACAUGGGAGUAAAAUCUGUAAAGGAAUUGAAAAGUAGUGAUUCUUGCCAAAAAGCGUAGACCUCACUUAAAUCACUUUAUGUAUUUGGAAAGACUAACUACAGACUAUUAGACUUCUCUUCACUUCAUAUGUGCCUCACAAAUCUGGUUAGGAUAAGUAUGGAAAAGUAACUUGUUAAAGAAACAAAACCAAAAAAAAGCUCCAUACUUUAAGCUCAGGUUCUUAAUUUUAUCUAGUUUUAGUAAUCUCAUUUAGCUGUCAGAGAAUUGUAAACUUUACUGACUUGCUCCCCCUUCCCCCCCCAUCAAUUUAAUACACAUUAAAUUCAUUUUUAUUUCAGAUUGGCAUCUGAGCUCCACUUUGAUCAGUUACUUGUCAACAGUUGUUUUUCUGCCCCACUCUUGAAUGCUCAUCCCAGCAGGGCACAUCUCCAUAAACUCAAUGUGAAAUGACACCUUGAUUAUGGAUCACUGCAAUAGCUAAUUUACAUCUCCGGUGCUAUAUCUAGAGAGUUGUCCAUUUUAUUCCAUAGCAGGCCUGAAAUAAAAGGUGCAUAAAAACUCAUUAAGCAUGAGGGGGAGAUCUACUUAAGGAGCUGCCCUCUCAGCAAUUACACUGACUUAGAUCUCUGGGAGCAGGGACCCUUUGUAUUUUUUUGAAUCCACACAAUAGGAGUUCAAUCCAUAACUAGGAGUUUGAGGCACGACAGGAAAACUAAUAGUAGUUAGUUCCAGUCAAGAUUUUUGCAGAGUUACUGUAUAACCUGCCUCGUGUCUGUUGGUGUUGUGCUCUGAUUUUUCAACUGUGGCUUAACACUCAAUGCCUUGCUGUCGCUGUUCUUCUUUCAACAUUCCUUUUUUUCCUCAUCUUUUUUCAUUUUUUUUAUAUUAUCAUCCUAGUAUAUAUCAAAGCUCUUGUUCAUGUUUCAAAAUACCUUCUUUAUAUUGGGGGACACGUUUUCUUUGGCAAAGCCUGAGGUUGUCAUCCUCCAAAUGUACAGAAUGACUUAAGGUUUUCUUGUUUGUGUCAAUGCUCAUGCUGAACUUCAAUCUUUUGAGCUCCAUUGUUCCAUGCUGUGACCCAGCCCUUGAGAGAAGAGACUUUACCACCAGUUCUUUUCUGUAGGUGUUGUAGCAGAUUAAUUACUUCUUUUUGGAAGGUGUUAAUCAUAGCAUAUCUACAUGUUCACAUUAUCUGCAGAGUUGGAGAUGAAAUGUAAUGAUAUCAACUUUGUACUUGGCUAUUAGACUGAUCGGUCUUCAAUUAAAUUGUUAGGCGGGCUCUUAAAAAGCACUGUUAAUUGGGUUAGGGGCCACCAGGAUUGCUAGCAGUGACAGAUGCACACAACCCUGCUAUUGGCCACCAGCCAGAGACUGCUAUGGAACCCCCUCCAGUUACACGUGAGAGAUCCAAGAAUGUAUAUCUGCCUUGCUAUGUACACUAAGAGAAUAAAAAUCACAGGUAAGAAAAUUCCUUUGGAGUAAGAGAUGAAAGAACUUGCUACAGUUUAAAGUGCAUUGAAGCAGCUCUGAAAUAUUUUAGGAAGGAAGGUGGUGUUUCAAAACAGUUGGGAAUUCUUGUAUAGUAGCAUAGCCAAUAAAUACUUACGAUCUAAUAUGUGAAUUUCUGGUACUAAACAAGACUCAUGGUGGGGAGAAAGCUUCAGCAUCUGUUUAUAGCAGCUGUUUAAAUAUUAGUGGUAAACUUGCAUUGCCAAGGUAGUUUUGCAACUCUCUUGCUCUAGUUCAGUUAGACAACCUUUUAAAACUUAAACUUUUUUUUAGGGUUAAAGACACUCCUACUCCAAGUCCUAUUAGUGUGCUAAAAGGGCAUCUUAAAAGCAGAUAAAAUUGCUACACCAGAAAGCCAUAACAAUUACACAGUAGAGCAAGAGAUCUUUCAAUUUCCUCCUCUUACUUUCUGAGCAGUCCAGGUAACCCCUAGUUUUUGGGCCUGUUUGCUAGCCUCUGUAUGGCCCCUCCUAUAUAAAUCUGAUUUAGGGUGGCCAGGGGGGAGGGAGGGCCCAGUCCUAUCAUUCAUUUCUCCUGUUCCUUGUUGGGCAUUCUUUUGGUUGUUAAAAACAUCGCAUUAGGAGAACUACUGAAAAUACUGAAGCUUCCACAGGGUGUUUUGCCAAACUAAAACUUAAAAUUCUCAUAUCUGAACUUUGCCAUUGUCUGUAUUUUCUAGGGUACUUGUAUGGAGCUUUGAAUUAUCAGUGUAGUCAGAGCCCUCCUAGGGGCAAAGCUAACAGAACCAGGAACUAUUCCUUUGCAUUUAAUUGUGUCCAGAUCAUCUUGUGUCCAGCCCCCUCACUUUCACUUCAUAUGCUGUCUUGGAGAGGGCGGAUGCUCCCCUCUUCAUAUAUUUUUGGAGGUAUCACCAACGUUACCUACAGGUUUUUGCAAUUUAUAUAGAGCUUUCUGCUUGAUAACUAUCCAAGCUAACAGAAUAACUUUUGUCCCCUGAAGCAGGAUGGUAUACGUUUCUGUGUUGAAGCUAAAUAGUUUGGGGGUUUUUCUGCAGCAAAGGGCUGUUGACACUUUUUUUUACCUUGUUCUGCUAACAUUUGAGUGAAUCAUAUGUCUGAGAAAGUAGGGCUGCUGGCAGACAUGAAAAAAAAAGAGAAGAAAUGGCAUUUUACUUUAAACUUUGUGCACUCCUGCACUGAGCCCAGCACAUGCCCAGAACAGGCAUCGCGUUAGUUGGACCCAGUUCACUCAACAUCUGUAUGAACUGGGCACGUUAGUGCAGCAUUCUUGGCACUUUUAUCUAAUAGCUGAUUGAAUUUUAUCUAAUAGCUGCUGAAGCAUCUAAUCUAUACAGAUGCUGAGGAGCCGGGUUGAACUACUAUGCUGCCCCUUCCAGUGAAGCUUGUUUUUUUUUUUCAUGUCUGUCAGCAGCCUAGACAUCUACCUGAGAGAGAGUGGUAAAAUUUUAACAUAGUUUUGCCAGCUCACCUCAGUUCUGACCCUAAAUGCUUCUGAGUUUAAUCCUGGGUUUCUCUUUAAUGGGGAUGUUGAGCUGUUGUGGGAUGCUUGUCUGACUAAUUGGGGGCUAGUAAGAAAAUUUUUGUCAGGAGAGCUAUGAUUCAAGCUCGUUUCCCUCUUAAUGGAAGAGCUGGUGAACUGUCUUUUUUAGCCCACUGCUACUUCCCUUUUAUAAGCGAAGCUGCUUCCAGAGUUGGUAUGCUUUUGGUACUACACAUUUCAAACAAAUUGCUGGUUGUAGCUAUUGUAACUACAUCAGUUACAGCAUCUCCAUUGGCACAACUAGUUUUCUUUGUCAUUAACUUGAAUGUCAGUAUUUUAAGGGCUAACAGCAAAUAAACAUUGGACAUGGCAUUAAAUCCUUUUGGAUACCACAGUGAUGUACUACUUAAAGCAUACUCAUCUGUACUGGAAACAUUGCAAAGGCAUUGGGUGAAAGAUGUCUGAGGUAAAGUGCUGCUGUGAGUAAAUACAGAAUUCCCUACCCUUCUCUCUCUUUUUUUUUUUUAAAUAAAACUCAAAUUUUGAGAAACUAAAGGUUCUCAAAUUGUGUGCACCUGGCUCAAGCUUCUGAAACUGUUUUGUGACAUUGUGUGAUUUGUCAGCACUGAUGAAUGCUGUCAGCUUUUGGAGAAGGCCCCACUUACUGCCAAAAGAGUCAGCAUCUGCCUCUCAACCUUUUGAGAGCCUUCUAAUUAAUCUUUAGAGAUAUGUUUCAAAUUGAAACAUAUCAAGGAAUUUCUAGCUAGUUCUUACUGGUGACAGAACUCUGAAACCCAAGAAUCAAACUUACCUAGUUCAAGGCAGUUCUUCCCAGUUGCUUCUCCAAGCUAACUUCAAUUGAACAGCACUAGGCAGAACUAGAGAGGUUGAGAAGUUCUUAAUAUUUAUAAUACUUCUGCUGUGGCUGUUGUAUGUUUUGCAGUGCUCUAACUAAAAACCAUUUAUAAAUUAUACUGGUUUUCAGGACAGCUAAAUAUAUAUCUCCCUCUUCUACACAAUCUCUAUGGCUUGUCCAGUUUAGCUACAUGUGCAGAGGGAUUGAACAGAAGGAAAUGGAAAGCCAAAGAUACUCUCCCAGGAGGAGCCCAAGUUUCCUUUUUUAAUCACAUUCCUGUGGCACACACCUUGUGUAGUCAAAUCUUGACAUCCUAUCUCAUUCUCAUUGCUGGUGGGAGUUUGGGACUUCAUCUUUCUUGGCUAGAUUGAUCAAGCAAAGAGUGGUAUUCAGUUUUGGGGGAUUGUAGAAAGCAAUAGGCUCCCCAAGUAUACUGGUAGAAUGAUCUCAAGAGAGGAAACAUGGACUCCUUCAUGGUGAAUAACUUAUUUCAUACAAUCAUGCAAAGGUGUAUAGAAGUGCAAAACACUUUCUAGAAUUAUAUUGUUUUAAAAUCCCCCUCUCCCAAUUAAAUUGUAUGUUUAGUCAUUUUAUGCACAAAUGGUUUAGUCUAUUGCUUAUGUUUUAGCUCUGUCUUAAUAUUUUUGUAUAAUACUUAUUAAAACCCUGUUGGGGCUAGAUGAUUGGGGCAAUCUCUGCUUAAAGUUGAGUUCAACUUUUAUUUUGUUGACGAAGGUACUUUAAGUAUAUAUUAUGAAAACUUACAGCUCACAACUUCUAAAGUCUUAAAAUAUUUGGAACUUAUGUUCAAUUCUUUCUCUAAUACUUGGGCACAAAAAAGAAAAUUCUAUUGUGAGACACUUUACAUUUGUUAUAACCUGAACUGACUAUAAAAUCUGAUUUCUGACUUUUCAA